AAAUGACUAACCACGAAGAACAAGCCUACUUAGACCUCUGUAAGAGAAUCAUCGAAGAGGGCGAAAGCCGCCCAGACAGAACUGGAACCGGGACUGUUGCGUUGUUCGGCCCGCCACAAUUACGGUUCGAUCUCCGGAACGACGCGUUUCCGUUGCUCACCACCAAGCGCGUUUUCUCAAGGGCUAUCAUCCUCGAGUUGUUAUGGUUCAUCCAAGGGUGCACCGACGGAAAGAAGUUGUCCGAACAGGGCGUUAAUAUCUGGGAGGGCAAUGGGUCGCGGGAGUACUUGGACUCGAUAGGCUUGACCCACCUCAGAGAAGGCGAUUUGGGCCCGGUAUACGGGUUCCAAUGGAGACACUUUGGGGCCAAAUACGUGGAUUGUGACACGGAUUACACAGGCCAGGGGAUAGACCAGUUGGCGGAAGUGAUCCACAAGUUGAAACACAACCCGUACGACAGAAGGAUCAUCAUGAGCGCAUGGAACCCGGUGGAUUUCUCCAAGAUGGCGUUGCCUCCGUGCCACAUGUUUGUACAGUUCUACGUGAGCUUCCCUAAAGAUGCGACGCCAUUGUUAAACUGCUUGCUCUAUCAGAGAAGCUGCGACAUGGGUUUGGGGGUUCCGUUCAACAUCGCAUCCUACGCGUUGUUGACCAAGAUGAUCGCCAAGGUGGUGGGCUACGAGGCUGGUGAGUUCAUACAUACCAUGGGGGAUGCCCACGUGUACAAGGACCACAUCGAAGCCUUGGAGGAGCAGAUGAAAAGGGAACCGCUCCAGUUUCCCAAGUUGGUGAUCACCAGAGACAUCACUAGCAUCACCGACUUCAAGUACGAGGACUUUGAGAUUGUUGGUUACGCUCCUCACAAAAAAAUCAACAUGAAGAUGAGUGUUUAGGCUAGUGUUAUGUGUUUACAUGAACGAAUGCAGGAGCAGGAUAAGUGACAGUAAAUGCAAAGUAGAAUUUAUCGGUGGUAUCUUUAUUUGAGCUUGUUUCAGAAUAUGACUUAGAUCACAAGU